CGGGGGCUCAGCACCGAGGGUGUCCCCGACAUCGCUGCCUCCGAGGGCUUCGUGGUUGGGGAGGUCACCAAGAAGAGCAUUCUCAUUUCUUGUCCUCACGAAAAUGUGUCCACCAAGUUCCUGGCCCCGUACACAACUUUUGGUAGAAUUCACCAGAAGAGUAUUACCUGUCUCGAUAUCUCCAGUGGUGGAGGGCUUGGUGUGUCCACCAGCACAGAUGGGACCAUGAAAAUCUGGCAGGCUGCAAAUGGAGAAAUAAGAAGACUAUUGGAAGGCCAUGUGUAUGAUGUGAAUUGUUGCAGGUUUUUCCCAUCUGGCCUCGUGGUUCUGAGCGGGGGAAUGGAUGCCCAGCUAAAGGUCUGGUCAGCAGAAGAUGCCAGCUGCGUGGUGACAUUUAAAGGUCACAAAGGAGGUAUUUUGGACACAGCCAUUGUGGAUCGGGGAAGGAACGUCCUGUCCUGCUCCAGGGACGGCACCGCCCGGCUCUGGGACUGCGGGAGAUCUGCCUGCCUGGGGGUCAUCGCUGACUGCGCCUCUCCCAUCAAUGGCAUUGCUGUGGGCACUGCAGAGAGCUCCCUCAGCCUGGGCACGCCCGAAACUGCCCCGAGUGAACGGGAAGUUGGGACAGAAGGGAAAAUCCUGCUGCUGGCUCGAGAGGACAAGAAGCUUCAAGGAGUGGGUCUGCAGAGCAGGCAGCUGGUGUUCCUCUUUGUUGGAUCUGAUGCAUUCAACUGCUGCACAUUCCUCUCAAGUACCUAUAUCCUGGCAGGGACUCAGGAUGGGAACAUUUAUCAGCUGGAUGUGAGAAACACAAGUGCUCCCAUCCAGGUCAUCCAUCGAUCAGGAGCACCAGUGCUCUCGCUGCUCCCGUACCGAGAUGGAUUUAUUGCCAGCCAAGGUGAUGGAACCUGCUUUAUCAUCCAGCAAGACCUUGAUUAUGUCCUUGAUCUCACAGAAGCUGACUGCGACCCCGUGUACAAGGUGGCUUCUUGGGAGAAGCAGAUUUACACGUGCUGCAGAGACGGGAUAGUGAGGAGAUACCAACUCUCCGACCUUUAA